AUGUCUAGCAAAAUCCUCGGACUGGUCUCUCAAGAAUGCCUCGACAAGUUCAUGGCCUUCGACAUUGAGAAAUCCUGUGUGAAUGAGUUCAUCGUGAACGGCCUCAACAUGGGUAUCAUGGCCGGCGCCUUGGCUGUAAAGAUGCCUCAAAUCAUCAAGAUCUUCGCGAAUAAGUCCGUGCAGGGCAUCUCCGAGGCUUCCUUCGCUCUCGAGUUCAUCGCCAGCUCUCUCUUCUGCACUUACAACAUGCUGAUGCGACAUCCUUUCGCGGCAUGGGGCGAGAUGUUCUUCGUUUCCGUGCAGUGUAUGAUCCUACUCUGCCUUUUCUGGUGGUACGCGCCACAGAUAGACCUGCUGCCAAGGGUGCUAUUGAUGAACAUGGGGUCCUUCGGUUUCAUGUGGGCGAUGAGCGGUCAGAUGCCUGAGCAGUUUUUGCCCCUCCUGGGAAUGGCUCCAGCUGUCCUCGGAAUUGCAGCGCGGCUACCUCAGAUUGCCCUCAACUUCAAACAGGGAAACACUGGUCAUCUGGCCUUCCUCACGUUCUUCCUCUCUUUCAUGGGUAAUCUUGCCAGGAUUUUCACGACCUUGAAACAACUUAAUGAUCCCGUGACACUGGCAUCCCAUGUCUGUGCCGCGCUCUGCAAUGGCACGAUAGUUGCUCAAAUAUUGUAUUACUGGAACGCCACUAAGGCUUCGAACGCGCAAGAGGAAAAGGGCAAGAAGGCUAAGAAGGAGGAGUAA